AUGUCUGCAGAUACUGUACCUCUCACCAAGGUCGAUUCAGCCAUCGCUGGCUUAACCAUAUCAGAUGAGAAAGCCCCUGAAACCAAGCACAAGGAAGUCAAGAAGUCGCACAAGCGUGUCGGGUCUCAUCAUGAGGAUGGCGUCACUACUAUGAAAGAUCUGGAGGAGCACAAGAUCGAGAUCACCCUACCCAUUGAGUCACAAAAAACGGGGUGGAAACUGAACACCUCUCCAAACUCCAUUGAGGACAAGGAUAUCCUCAAGCUAAAACUCAUCGACCCCCCUGUCAAGAAGAUUGACUUGCACUUCCCUCUAGGUCUGGAAGUGACUGCGCGGAAUUCCAAGGGAGUUACAAUAAAGGACGCACUAGAUGCAAUCUACAAACAGUUCAAAAAGAAGGCUGAUGACGAGUUGGAGAACCCCUACCUCGCUGGUUUCGAGUGGGACAAAGAAGAGUGCUGGACCCGAUUGAUCGUGCACCAGAAGGCGGUAGGACUACCCCAACAACCUGGAAAGAAGCACAAGAAGAAGUCCAAGGAUGAGGAGUAG